AUGACGACCCCGUUGCCGGCCAUUAUCAAGGCGUUCCAGGGCGCGCUUGAAUUCUGGAGCAUUAAUUGUUCCGAUAAAGAUUUGAGUGCCAUUCCACCCGCAAAGACUAACGAUCCACUCGCUGAAGUAGUGAAGAUCGCUAAGCUCAUCAAGGCCCAUACUACCAAAGUUGGUAUCAUUUUCGAACCUUCUAAGUUGAAAAAACAAUCAGAAGCUGCAGAGAAAACCGUCACCGACAUGUCUAAGUCCUAUGUGCUCUUCAUGUCGGCGUUGGCACAGGUAUCUCCAUCGAAAGUGUCAGAGCUCUUUUACAAAGAGAUCUUGAGCAAGUCCCAAGACCUUCUUGACAAUACCAUAGCAUUUUGUAAGGAGCUAGCCGUUUUGGAGGAUGAAGCCAGUAACGGAGAAACGAAAGAUGAAGAAACAACCACAGACGAACCUUCUAACCAGGUGAAUACGAGACUAGUGUCUGUAGGCAAGUUGUGGACCAACUGUGAUGACUUGGUCAAGCUUGUGGAGGCCGGAAACUUAAAGUUCCUCGAAAGAAAGACUAAGAUGCAUCUUACACUCAUAGAAGAUGGCUUGGACGAGUUUUCAGAGUGGGCAGAGAACCCAGAGGAAGUGGAUGACGAGGAUCCAUUUGGGCUUGACGACAGUUAUUCAGAUACAGAGGAGGACAAGGUUCCCUCUCUUGAAGAAGACUACAGCGAUAAUGACGACGAUAAUCUGGAGAAGCGUGAGCAUCUUAUAUCAUACUGUAAACUGUGGCUUCAGAAGUUCAAGUUGGUAAAGCUCCUCUUCUUCUCCAUUAACAAGUCGUUGCCCACCAUUCCUGCGGGAUCAGAUAUCGACGAAAUCUACAGAGUGGAAGCAUUGAUCUGUAAAGAAGUGGAUCAACUUAUUGUGGAGUUGAUGUUGAACCAAAUAAUUGACGACGAAGUUCAUGAGCACUCCACCGCGAUCGACAGGGCCUGCUUCAGUAUUCUUAAUAUCAUCAAGAGAGCCAACAAGAACAAUGACACCAAGACUAAAUGGUGUGGCUCGUGGCUGGCUAAAUUUACCGAAAUCCUGGACUCCAUGUAUAAGAAAUAA